AUGGCGGCCGGCUCAACCAAGUGCCACUUCGUCGUCUCCGGCAAUGAAACUGUUUUGGUUCCUCUCGAUCGACGAUGUUUCGACCUCGACGCCGCCAUGAUGAUGCCGCAGAAUCCCGAAGCCACGGCUCGUACGGCCAUCCGAUUGGUUUCCGACAUGCCGACGGUCGAUUACGCAACCGGAAACUGCUCGAUUUGCAUGGAGAAUUUAUGGCCGUCCGAUGGCUCAAGUGCUUCCAGGCGACUUUCGUGCGGCCAUGUUUAUCACCAUGAUUGUAUAACCGAUUGGCUCUUGAAUGCCAACAGCUACUCUUGCCCUCUUUGCCGCCGUCAGAUUUCACUGUAA